UACCACAGAGUGGACACUCCAUUCUGCUUUCAUAGUGGUUAUCCAGUGCUAUGUGUGAAUGGGAAAAGAUGGGUAAAAGACUAAAGUGCAACUGUGGAUUAUAGCUGACGUGUGCAAUCAGGUUACUAUAUUAUCAUUGUGUAGCUUGUGGAACUGUGCUGAGACUUACGGUGUUUCACAGACCAACUGAUGUAGCCAAGACAAGCCAGCUUUGAAAAGAGGAUGUGUACUCCCACAGCAGAAACUGCCCUCCAGAAAGCAGAGGAAAUAGAAAAAUUAGUCAAUAAAAGCCAAGAGGCCAUGUCAUUUGCAUAUUGUCCAUACAGCAAGUUCCCAGUAGGAGCUGCUUUACUGACUGAGGAUGGACGGGUGUUCACAGGCUGCAACAUUGAAAAUGCAUGUUACACAGAGGGAGUCUGUGCUGAAAGGGCUGCCAUUCACAAGGCUAUCUCAGAAGGUUUCCGAAAAUUCAAGGCAAUGGCUAUCUCCAGUCAUAAAUCAGACAACUUCAUUGCUCCAUGCGGUGCAUGCAGACAAGUCAUGAGAGAGUUUGGAACUAAGUGGGAAGUGCAUUUGACAAAACCAGAUAAAUCCUACAAGACAAUGACCAUUGAAGAACUCUUGCCAAUGUCUUUUGGACCCCAGGACCUGCCAACUGAAUAAUGAACAAUGUGCAAACAUGUGCAAUCGUUUAAGACAGUAAUCUUCAGCUCUACACGAUAAUAAGGAACCCUCAGCUUUAUUCUUAUUCUUAGUCAUUUUCUAGUCCAUUCAAUCACCAACUAAAAUGUAUCCAGAAAAUGUAGCAUGUUUCUGAAUUUGAUGCUUGACAUAACAUUCAAACCAUGACCUCAGAAACUUCAACUUGUUCUGCAUUUACAAAUAAAUGUCAACAAAAAAAUUUCAUUCAAGGUUAUGAACCCGCUGAACUGAAAACAGCAGAUAAGGCAAUAAACUAAAAAUAUUCCAUCAAA